AUGGCAAGACCGGUGCCAAGACCUUUGGUCUCGAUCAAAACCCUCGUUCCAUUCUCUGCAGCCUCUCUAACCUUCAUCUUCCUCUUAAUCUCCACCCUCUCCGUCCUCUCUAUCUUGAUGUUUCUUUGCGGUUCUCAUGGCAAAUCCAAGAAGUCAACAAAGCGCAGCGUGUCCGUCCCCGGGUCGAGCCAGAAGAGGCUCGUCUCGAGGCUCAACAGCAGCAUCAGCAGCAAGGCGCUCCUGAUGACGAAGAUGGUAUCGUGGAGGAAGACGGAGGGAGGAGAAGAAGAUGACGGCGAGGACAGCGAUGAGGCUCUCUGGAGGAAGACGAUCAUACCAGGAGAGCGGUGCCGGCCCCUGGAUUUCUCCGGGAAAAUCGAGUAUGACUCGGAAGGAAACAUCGUAACUGCAUAG